CAUAAAUUAACGUACUUCCUUUCUCCAGAAGAAUCAACCACAUUCUUAUCUUCUGCAUUCUAUCCGAGUUAUUCACUCGACCAUAAUCAUAAUGCCUUCCUUCGAGCCUGCUGUUUCUUCUCACAUCGCUCCCCUCCCUUCGGCAUCAAAGCCUCUUCCGUUAACCACCUCUACCGAGGGCCUUCAGGCUCUCGCUGACAAGCACAUCACCAAGGGACUUGGUAGACUCCGAGACCAUGUUUUCAAAGAGGGCAAAGGUCUUCGAGUCCUGACAACCGAAAACCAAAAACUCCUCGACUUCACCUCUGGUAUUGGAGUCACUUCCCUGGGCCAUGCUCAUCCCGACGUUACGGCUGCCAUUAUCUCCCAAGCACAAUCCAUCAUUCAUGUCCAAUGCGCUAUCGGUCUCUCCGAGCCAUACGUGCAAUUGGUCGAGUCAUUGCUGACUAUGAUGCCUGACCCAAGCUUGGACAGCUUCUUCUUCUGGAAUUCUGGAUCUGAAGCAAUCGAGGCCGCCAUAAAGGUCUCCAGGACCAAGACGAAGAGGAACAACAUUGUGGUAAUGCAGGGUGGUUACCAUGGGCGAACUUCUGGCGCUGCGGCCUUGACUCGAUCCAAGACUUCUUUCUUUAGGGGCACUGGGCCUUUGAUGCCAUGCGUCUACACCACUCCUUUCCCUUACUGGCACGCAAUGGGUCUUCCCAAAGACACUCCUGAGGAAGUCCUCAUUGAACAAGCCAUUUUGGGCAUCGAAAACUUGCUUCAACAGCAGACUGCUCCCGAAGACACUGCUGCCAUCUUCCUUGAGCCUGUCAUCGGCGAGGGUGGAUACAUUCCUGCUCCCACCGCUUAUGUUAAGCACUUACGAAAGCUUUGUGACAAGUAUGGUAUCAUGCUCGUGAUUGACGAGAUUCAAACAGGUUUCGGACGUACAGGAAAGACUUUCGCCAUCGAGCACACUGGUGUCACACCCGACAUCAUGGUCUACGCCAAAGGUUUCGCCAACGGAAUGCCUAUCUCUGGUAUUGUUACCAGAAAGGAGAUCAUGGACGUUAUGGCUCCUGGUUCUUUGGGGGGCACUUACUCUGGUAACGUGGUCGCAUGUGCUGCCGCUCUCGCCACUACUCGAUACAUGCGUACUCAUGAUAUCCUUGGCAACGUCCAAGCUCGAUCCGAGCAGCUUUUCAAGGGCCUCCGCGAGAUCCAGGAAGACGAGGCCAACGGUGGCUGGAUGAUAGAGGAGGUUCGAGGCAAGGGUCUCAUGAUUGCCAUCGAGUUCAAAGACCCUAACUCUAAACUCACUUCAUCCCAUAACCGCGGCGAUAUUUCUCUUCCUGGUAACCUUAACAAGCUCGUCCAAGACGCUUGUUACGACAGAGGGUUGCUCGUCCUCACUACAAGUAUCUACCCUGUCCUGCGAUUGAUCCCUGCUUUGGUUCUGAGUGAAGAGGAAGUGGAUGAGGCUUUAAAGAUUAUUAAGGAAUCUGUGAAGGAGGUUGCUAGUGUCAUCGAGGGAAACUAAUAGAAGUUCAACAAGUGUUUAUAAAUUGUAGUCUGAUUUCGGUUACCU